AUGAUGGAGCCUGCAGACGAACUUCUUCUGAGCGAAGCUACCCCGCUCUCGCAUGUCGUUGAGAAGGAUCCUCGAUGCAUCAACCACCCAGAGCGUCGAAUGUUCACUGUCAUUGUUGCCGCAGUGGCCAACCUCGUGUUCACAGUCCUACUUCUUUGUCCAGCCGACACGGACGCCUGGUAUCACGUCGACGCUUAUCAAUCUCCAAGAGGAUCCGAGAAUGUUGAGCGGGUGCUAGCGGUGCGCCCCAGUCUCAUAGUGCUCGCGGUGGUCGGCAACAGCUUCUUCGUCCUGGCAGCGUACCUCAAACUGGACGCGCUGCUGUCGGUGUACAUCUGUGCGGCCCUCGUGCUCGACGUCUGGUCGCUCGUGCUGCUGCUGCCCCACGCGCUCUUCCUCAUGCGCUUCCUGUUCGACGCGUUGCUCAUUGCUAUCGCGCUGGAAGUGCGGACUCACCUGGAGCACACGUGGUUCCUCACGAGCUUCCACCGCCUCCGCGCUUGA